GUAAAUGAUUAGUGCCCAUCCUACUGAGCAAUUAACUGAACAUUGUCGAGGAAAUUGGCUUUUCAAUGAUUUUUUUGUUCAGUAUACCAACCAAAACAAAUUGGGCUCAGCUUGUUGACAAAUCCAGCAUUUUCAUGUUAAAGAGAUUACAUAAGGCGUAAAUGUGUCUGCAUGCUUUCAAAAACUUUGCAAAAACAAAUAACCGACGGCUUAUUGGCCAGGCUUGAAGGGAUUUAAAGUAAGCAGAAAAAUCAGAUUAUUUUUUAACACUUUAAAUGAAUCUAACUACUCUGGGGGGUUUAAACUUCGAUAUGUCUUAACACACCGAAAAUGGUUCUUAAUCCAAAAAAGAAAACUCCCUAAUCUAAGACACUACAAAACAAUAGUGGUAUCUGUUUAAACCCAAAAACGUUGCUACACCAUGUUUAGAAAAAAAAAUCUUUGAUUGAGAAUCUCGUUAGAGGCAGUAACAACGUGCUCGUUCCGAGUCAAGAAAUGUUCCAUCCACAGGAAGUGAUAGUUCCAGUAGCAAUGCUCAACAAGUGGUAUUGAGAUACCGUAUGUUGUAUGUCUACUCAAAGAAAGGAAGAAGGGAGAGACCGAAUAGCCGUGAGUGACCCAAGAGAAGAAUGAGGAUGGUAAUGGCACACAGAUCCAAGCUAGGGAACAGUGCCCACUAGUUCAGCUUCGUCCGUGUGAUCUGGCAAGAGAAGACGAAGAAGACGACCAACCAAAGAGACUUUCUUCCCGAACAAAGCAAUUGCACGGCGAAAUGGAUCAUUGACCAGAGUUGGGCGAACACAGGCUUAUGAAGGCCUUGAGUCCCUACUCGAGUGAGUAUGCUUCGGCGUCACUAUCAUAUGAGCCGAUAUCGAAACUUUUAAAGCAAAGUUUGAGCCGACAGAGAAUGCACGGAAUCAACUAGUUCUGGAUGGGUGUUGAAUCAGAUAUAACGAAGAUCCUGUGCCAAAGGCUGGUCUUCCCCGGCGGAAAUUUCUUCAGACAUUCUUGAGCGGAACUCGUGAGAUGAUGGCGCUAAGUAGAAACGACAGGAACAACGGGAAAGGGGGUCUUUUCUUCGACAGGCCAAAGGACCUUUAGAGCAGGAAUAAAAUCUAGUGACGAGCCUCCGAAUCACAAGUAUUAUGAUCUUCAGUGUCACAAUGGAACUGGUUCUAAUCCGCCGUUUGCUAUGACAAACCCGUUGAUCCCGUGAUUUUGAAGACUCGUUUAUUAUCUGGUUAGCAUCAUGAAUCUAGAGGUCGAAGACGCGGAAAUUGGAAACAGCAGUGGCGUGGAAAAUGGCAAUAAUUCCCAGCCUAUUGGUGCCAAUGCAUCGGGUACACACACUUAUUCCAGACUGAAGAAGAAACUGUUCAAGCUGAAAAACUUGCAUGAACUUCAAGACACGGAGGCCAAUAACGAUGACAGUCAGCUUAAGAAAGUGUUGGGGACCAAGGAUCUCAUCUCACUUGGCAUUGGAUCUUGUGUUGGGACAGGAAUGUACCUGGUCUCCGGACUUGUAGCCAAGAAGGUUGCCGGGCCAGGCGUGGUCAUUUCGUACCUAAUUGCUGGUUUUGCUGCUCUCCUCUCCGGGUCAUGUUAUGCGGAGUUGGCCGUUCGAGUCCCGCACACAACGGGAUCUGCGUAUGUAUAUAGCUACGUGACGGUGGGGGAAUUCAUUGCCUUCAUCAUCGGGUGGAACAUGAUCUUGGAGUACGUAAUCGGAACGGCGGCGUGCGCCAGAGCCCUGAGCAUCUGUCUCGAUAUUCUCACCGAUGGGGCUUUGGCCAACAUCACCACGGCUUGGGCGGGCCCACCUGAGGAGGGGGCGGAGGCUUCACCCGACUUGAUUGCACUGGUCAUCACUCUGCUCAUGAUGUGCUUGUUCUUUUACGGCGUAAAGAAGUCGGUCUUGUUCAAUCAUGUCCUCAACAUCGUCAACGUCUGGAGCUGGGGUCUCAUUAUUGUGGUUGGAUUGGGCACGAUCGAUUUCCGGAAUUGGUCAGAGUUCAUGCCCUAUGGUCUCAGUGGCGUGAUGAAAGGAGCGGCCACGUGCUUUUACGCCUUCAUUGGUUUCGAUAUCAUAGCAACAACAGGGGAAGAAACGCAAACUCCCAAGCAAUCCAUCCCCAAGGCCAUUCUCGUUUCUCUCACCGUUGUAACCCUUGCUUAUGGAUCAUGCGCAUCCAUUAUGACCUUGUCAGUCCCAUACAGUGAGCUCAGUGAAGACUCGGGCUUGAUUCAAAUCUGGGGCCAAAUGAAUAUGCCAACCAUGGAAUGGAUCGUUUCUAUUGGAGCCUUAGCUGCUUUCAUAGCCUCGAUGUUUGGUUCCAUGUUCCCUCUUCCUCGUAUUGCAUACGCCAUGGCUAACGACGGACUCCUUUGCCAGUCAUUUAAAAGAGUGAAUAAAUAUGGAGUACCAGGCUAUGCCACGCUAAUGCUAGGAUUGUUUGCUGCUCUUUGUGCCUUUUUCUUCCCCUUGGAGGUUCUGAUUGAAAUGAUGUCGAUUGGAACUCUAUUAGCUUAUACAUUAGUCAACGCGUGUGUCCUCUUGUUGCGAUUUCAACCCAGUUUGGAGUCACCUUUCUCUGAGUUUACCCAAGACACCAAUCUCGACAAGAUGGUUCCAGCUGACGACGACUUACCUGAAAAUGCUGCGAGUGACGGCCAACCAAUGACUGUUUUGGAUCGCUUUGCAUUCGCCAAAGAUCUGGUGAACGGAUGCAAUUCGCAUCAACUUGCGAAAGACUGCACCAAGGAAGGGGGCAAAUUGGUCACCAAGGUCCUACUUUCAAUGGUGUGCUGCAUAAUCCUGUUUGACUUCUUGAUGGUCUAUUCUGAGGUCUAUGAAGAAGGAUUAAGCGUCAUCUCGAUUCUGUUGUUCAUAGUGGCCCUCGUGGUUAUUUGUCACAUCAUCAGCCUGGCUAAAUUUCCUCAAAAAAGACCCAAGGGAUUCAACGUGGCUGGGGUUCCCCUUGUUCCUUCCAUUGGUAUAUUGAUUAAUAUAUAUCUCAUGAUGAGACUCUCCCCAGUUACUUGGAUCAGAUUUACGAUUUGGAUGAUCUUUGGCUUACUGGUGUACUUUAAGUAUGGACUUCUCGACAGCUCUUUCCAAGAUAUUCCAUCGAGUUAAUAUAUGUACUUUACUCCUAAACCUCUGUGUGUAUUCCAGGGUAUAAACAAUCAUGGUUUUCUUGACAUAUUUUGUUAGCAUUUGACUAAUUCUAGAUAAUAAAACCAAUAAAU